CAUCGGCUUUACUCACUGGAAACAACCUCCAGUAACCUUCCUCACACACACGGACGGGAUCUCUCCGGCAGAUAUCACCGCCGCCACAUUCCUCCGCUCACACCACCGACCCACACACUUUCUGGAUACUUUUUUCUGUUGGAUUUUAAUGCCUGAAUUAAUAAUUCAUCUAGCACUACUUUCGGGUAGUUUGCAUAUCUUCUCUGUCGGCGUCGAGCAGCUGCGGUGCGGGGCUCAACAUAUCCGCAAGCUGUGUUUAGGUGCUCUCUACCAGCCCCUCUCUGGAUGCAUCAGACUCCUCUGCCCCGGGGCCCUGGACCCGGUGUGUGACCCCGCCGCCCUUACCCCACUCCCCCUCUCUCCCUUCUCCCUCCUCCCCCAGCCUCCUUCUACCUGUCCACCUUGGAGCUCCUGUCCUGGGCCCCCUGCCUCUCGACCAGCGGGCAGAGGCAGGGGGCCAUGGCGCCAUGGUAGCCUUUGGUGGACGCAGCCCCUUCGCCAUGAGCAGCGUGCCCCCUCCAGAGGGCAGGGUUCAGGGGUCCAACUUUACCCCGCAUCAUUACAAGCCCUUCAGCUCGCAUGAACACUACCAACAGGUGAUGCGUGCGUUGCGUAAGCUCAAAGAGAGUGGGUUUUACUGGGGGGCUGUUGGGGGCCGGGAGGCCAGCUCCCUGCUGCGCUCUGAACCCCCCGGCACUUUCCUGAUCCGCGACUCCUCCGACCACCACCACUUCUUCACCCUGUCCGUCCAGACGGCUCGGGGAACUAAGAACCUGCGCAUCCACAGCGAAGGAGGCGGCUUCUUCCUGCAGCCAGACCCCCAAAACACCCAAGAGCUUCCGCAGUUUGAUUGCGUGCUGAAACUCAUCGCGCACUACAUGGGGAAAGGGCCAGAUACUGGAAGGACCAGAGACGGGGCAAGUGGGGGCAAUCCAGGAGGGGCAAAAAUGAAGGGGCGCAAUGUGUAUCUGAUCCACACUGGUGGAGAGAAGAUCCCCCUGGAGCUGCAGAGACCCCUCUUAACUUCUCUGUCGUCCCUGCAGCACAUGUGCAGGAGGACGCUGAACAGCCGAGGCCUGGGGGCAUCGGAGGUAACCGAUCAGCUCCCGCACACACUUAGAGACUUCCUGGAGGAGUACGAUGCUCCGAUAUGACUGACAGGAACUGCAGAGGUUCCGCUCUAUGGACCAGGUUCCAGGAGGACCGCACAGACCAGUUCUCAGCGCAUACGAGAAUAUUCUCACCAUCCAAGACUGACCAGACUGAGCCUUAGAUGCUAACACGAGGUCAGCUUCCCACAGUGACCAGAAUCAGCCGAUCCCAGAUCUGUUAAAUCACUGAUGGACACUAUCUACCUAGAGUCUCCCACUGACCCGAGGUCUGGGAUGAGAAGUGUGAUUUGGGUAACCAGCGAUUACCUCGUCCAUCCUGCCUUGCAGAAACUGACCACUAGUGAGUGGCAGACGAAGCCAGAGGUCACAGGUCAACGUUUCCUAUGACUGACUCAGACGCAGAGCAGUGCCUCGUAGAAAAUUAACCCGAUUGGUCGAUAUUAACGAUGACAUUGGAGGCGUGAUCGAUACCGACCUGCCAGUGAGCUCGGUGGGUUUAAUGUGCUUAAGAAGAAACCUCCUCUGUCAGCAUGACAUUUACAACACUUUGGAUCACUGGACAGGGAGAAAGACGGCAAAGAGCGAAUGAAGGAGGAGCUGCAGAGGAAAAGGCAAAGUCCAAACGAGGGGCCCAACGCAGAGAACGCACACUGUUUGUUUGUCUGACUGUGUGUGUGUGUUUGUGUGUUGUGGUCGUGCACACAUUUCCAUUGCUGCUUCCCGCAAGUGUUGCUUCAUAGAGGGGAGUGGGGUGGUCAUGCACGCUAGCUGCACACACACGCACAUGCACACACAGGCAGGUAGAGGCCCACAUGAAGGCUUUGUUAGCGUGGGACAAAAGAAAAAAACAUUACAAAGCAUUUUCUCCUGCUCCCGUUUGCUUCUUGUUCCACCUCCAUUACCCAUUCCCUGCCUCUCUUUUUGUUUCGAAGAUGCAUGUGUGCUCUGACAGUGACGGAAAGCAGGCUGCUGUUGCCGAGACAAAAGCUUGUUACGGAGACAAAAGCCUUGGCACGGGACCAAACAAAACAGCAGAACUUAUUUUUAUCCAGACUGGCUGGAAAAAUGUCAGCGACACUGUAAGGCUCCUCGGGGGAAUGACGACGAUCGUUCCGGAGAGAGGAGAGGGUGAGAAGGGGGAUUCAACCGAGGUGAAAGAGGAGUGGGAAAUGGGAUUAGGAAUAAGAAAUUGAAAAGGAUGGAGAGCUGGGGAGGAGGGGUGCUGAGCGGGGGAGAAGUGGGAGGAGACAUACUGGUAUACAACUAAACAAAAACAAUGAUGUGAUUGAUGCCCCAGACUUAGAGGAAAUGAUAGAGCCCAACAGGACGCCGCUCCUGUAAAUACAACAGCCCGUGCAAAAAAAGUUUUGGCUGAGUCUUAAUUCUGUCUUUUAGAGCCUCUUUUGAGUAUUUCUUUUUUUUGCUAAAAUGCCCUUUUGUGUGAGCGAGUCUCUGUCAGCUCUCUCCCUUCUUACAUUCAUGAAGGAGAUAAAAGAGAAAACGAGCUGUUAGAAGCUUUGGAAAGGUUUUUUCUUGGUUUUUUGUUCCCAUCUACCUUCCAUCGUUACCUCUGGAGCAGGAGUGGUUCAUCCGUCUGAAUGUCAAGGGAGAACACGACACUUCCCCUAAAUGAUUCUUUAACAAAAACAAAGCCUUUUCUAAAACAAAACGCAAGACUCAGAUUUGAUUUAAAAAAAAAAAUCUGUGUUUGACCCAUGCUCGUACUGAACUGUGAUCCAUGUUGGAGUGGUUGCCAUUUCAAAAUUUUGAGAUCUCAUGUGGCCACUUGAGAUAGCAGCACUGAAUUGUAGCAUAGGGACACACAUUUCUCUUUUUUUUGGUCAAAUCUGAGUCUUAACUUUCUCACAUCAACACCAAGUUUCUUUCUUUUUUUUGUUUUACAUGUGUUGCACCAUUGGACCACGUGUAUGUGAAUCAUUUGUCUUUUAUAAAGACUCUCUCGCAAAAGGCUGGCCACUAGUCUGGCAAAAAUACAAGCUGUAAUAUCUGAAAUGACAAAAGCAUUACAAAAUAAAUGAAAAGGAACGUUGCACAUAUUUAUAUUUCUAAAAUAUUUCAAUAAUUUAUAUUAAAGAGCACUAUUUUUACAAAAGUCAA